AGAAGAGCCGAGAGCAUACAUAUAAAACCUCAUAUUUUGCUUCGCAAUUGCAGCUGUCAUCGAACGGAAAAGGCAAGGUUUCAGGAAAUGGCAGAGAAGAGAGACCAGGAGUGUGACGUGGUGGUAGUAGGGGCGGGGCUGUCUGGUCUGACUGCAGCUUAUCGUAUCCAGCAGAAUGUACCAGGAUGCAAGGUUCUUGUUGUUGAGGCAAAAGAUCGGAUCGGUGGAAGAACGAUGACUGUGGAGAUGCAAGGAGCACAUGGACCUGAUUCGUGGGACCUCGGAGGUCAGUGGGUGUCAAGUUCACAGCACCAUGUCCUGUGGCUCCUGGAAGAGCUCGGUAUAGAACAUUACCCACAAUUCAACAGCGGGAAGAGGCUUCUACAGGCAGGCAAGGAGUUUGGUAUAACCGAACAUCAUGAUAGCAUUCCCUCAUUACCACUACUUUCUCUUGUAGACCUCAACAGAUUUAUCACAAAUUUGGAUAGCGUUGCUAAGUACGUGCCCAGUGAUGAGCCAUGGACAGCGGUCAAAGCUGAUGAGUAUGAUAACAUGACGCUAGAACAACUGGUAGAAGGCUCGACAUGGACAACAGUUGCCAGGGACACCAUAGAGACGGGUUGGCAGGUGGUGAGCGGUCUGAGGCUACGAGAGAUUAGCGCCCUCUCGUACAUGUUCUACCUCAGUUCAUCCGGAGGACUGGAGAAGCUGGUGGAGACAGCCGUUGGAUCGGCCCAGGAGCUUAGAAUAAAGGGUGGAUCGCAAGGUAUUAGUCACCAACUAGCAGAGAGGAUAGACAUCUCCAACAUUCUGCUGUCCGAACCCGUCGUUGCCAUCGACCAGAGCCAACCAGAGAAGGUCAAAGUUCACACACAGUCUGGCAAGCAUUUCACCUGCAAGCACAUCAUUGUAGCUGCUCCCCCUCACUGCACAGGAUCGAUACAGUACUUACCAGAUCAGCCCACAAGAAGAAUACGACUGACAACAUCUAUGCACCCAGGUCAUCUAUUCAAGUUUGUUGCAACGUAUAAAAAGGCAUUUUGGAGAGAAGCUGGUUACUCUGGUGAGAUCGUCUGUAACGGUAGCUGCGCCACGGUACCCGGGUGCAACAAGGCACCCAUUCAGUACGUCCUUGACGCCACCAGCUCAGAGGGUAACCCCGCCCUCGUCGGCUUCAUUGGAAACCCCAGUCUGUGGGGACAAGUUAGCGUUGAUACCAGGAAGGCAGCCAUAUUGAACCACCUAGCAGAUUUCUUUGGAGACGCUGCAAAGAAACCCAUAGACUUCAUGGAAAAGGACUGGGCAUUAGAGCCAUAUAACGGAGGCUGUCCUGUAAGUCUAAUGACGCCUGGUGCUAUGGCAAACUGGGAUACCAUAAGGACACCCCACGGAAGGAUACACUGGGCUGGCACCGAGACAGCCACCCAGUGGAUGGGCUAUCUGAACGGAGCCGUCCAAGCAGGGUUGAGGGCCGCUGACGAGGUGACCCUUGAACUCCGACCCCAACCUCAACGUGGAAGCCAGAGCUCCGAGGCUGCGGAGGAAGUGGGCGGCGGCCUUCUAAGGGCUUUAGAUGGGAGGAAGGGGCAGAAGGAGACGACGUGUCACGGGUAUGAAGGGUCACUCAUCUGGACGAUGGGUAAGCUAGCCGUCGUGGCCGCCCUGGUUGGAUUCGCGAUGAGGAAGGCGUGGCUGGCAGGUGGUAAAAUCAACCUUCCAUUGUAAUGAAGUGUGUGGAAUAUCAUGUAUUCUGUAUACCUGAUUUUUGUAAAAACCCUGCGAUCAUGAAUGCACUGCUCAUGUUUAGCUAAUCUCUGCCAUUAGCCGUGAUCUGGCAAAACAACGUAUGUCUGUUUCGCUACUUCCAAGAUAGCAGAGAUUUUCAAUUUUACAGUUAAAAGUGUUCUUAUUUCUCUCAAGUUGAAUCAUUUUGCAAGAUAUAUUGUCUGGUACAUUUAGCGGAUAAUAUAUUUUUACUAUGAAGGGCAAAAUUAUUCAAUAAAACACUUUUUUUUCAAUCUAUCAAUGAUCUUGUAGGGAUACGUUGUUUUGCCAGCACACGACUUACCAGGGCUUGCCCUUAACUUUUUUUUGAGGUGGCCAGCAGGGCCACUUGGGUAGGAGAUCUGGGUGGCCAAAUGGAUUUUCAGGUGGCCCCACUUUUAUGCGUUAUUAAAUAAUGCAAAUGUUUAAUAAAAAAAUGCAUAAAUUAUACGUGUUAAAAGCAGCAUGAGCUGCAUUUAAUAAUGAAAGGUGAGUGACUCUUUAGACUCUCAUUCCAAAUCCUCUCUCUUUGUUUCUAUACUUCUGUCUCAACUUCACUUCAAUGUUUUUCUCCCUUUCUCCUUGACUAUCAUGCAUCACAAGGACCCCCUC